AUGAUUACAGAUAACCAAUUAAAUGCUAUGGCUAUAAUAUUCGGUAUUAGUAUGUUUGUUUUAAUCGUACUAUAUGGAGCAAUUCAACUGAAUACGACUCCAGACAAACAAGAACCAAAUGAAAAAGAAGAGUAUUUUGCCGAGAAAGACGAAUUGCUGGAAUAA